CUGCUAUAAAGCCUCAACCGGCAAGAUCACGACUUCUCCAGUGGCUUCGUUGGUGCUUGACCCCAGGCUGGGCAGCGUCUUUUCCCUCAAGCACCAUGCAGCUCCUUCUUGCUCUGCUUGCGCUGGCUUACGUGGCCGCUUCAGACUCAUCAUCACAGUGGUGCUAUGAGAUUCAAACCAAGCAGCCCAACAGCCAUUGCUUGGGGCCUCAACAAUGGACUGGAAACUGUAAGGGGGAGAAUCAGUCCCCCAUUAACCUCAUCAUUGCUAAGGCAAGGGUGAACUACAGCCUGACACCCUUCACCUUUGUCGGCUAUAACCAAAUGAAGCGUUGGACAGUUAAGAACAAUCACCAUACAGUGAUGAUGUCGCUGGAGGGGGAGGGCAUGUGCAUUUUCGGAGGAGACCUGCCUGGCCGGUACGAGGCCACACAGUUGCACCUGCACUGGUCAGAGGAGCAGAACAGGGGUUCGGAGCACACCAUUGAUGGGAAACGCUUUGACAUGGAGAUGCACAUCGUGCAUAAGAAGAUGGCAUCUGGCAAUGAGGUGCAGGACUCUCACAAGCUUGCAGUGCUGGCAUUCAUGGUUCAGGUAGGAGAAAAGAUGAACGAAGGCUUCCAGCCCCUGAUAGAAGCAUUGCCCAGUAUCUCCAAACCCAAUUCAAACACUGCACUGAAGGAGAGCCGCCUGCAGGACAUGCUUCCCUCGAAUGAGAAACUGUAUUACUACUUCCGUUACCAAGGUUCGCUAACUACACCAAACUGUGAUGAGACUGUCAUCUGGACUGUGUUCAAGGAACCCAUUAAGAUCCACAAAGACCAGUUCCUGGAAUUCUCAAAAAAUCUGUACUAUGAUGAAGAUAAGAAGUUGAACAUGAAGGGCAAUGUGAGGCCCCUGCAGCAUCUGGGAAGACGCCAGGUGUUCAGGUCCCACGCUUCAGGACGGCUGCUGUUCUUGCCCCUGCCUGCUCUGUUGGUCCUCACACUUACCCACCUGGUGGCCAGCUUCCUCCAGUGAUGGUACACUUCUGGAUAUUUGACCUCUGACCUCAGCCUUUAAAGGAUAUGGCUUAUCUUUCUUAAUCUUUCCAGGUUGAACUCUGGGGACUAUUAAAAUAUGAGUAGCAGGCUGUGGUGUGCACACCUUUAAUCCCAGCCCUGGGGGAAGGGGGACAGAGACAUGUGGAUCUCUGAAUGAAGUAAAAUAUGGAUAUGUUUUUAG